AUGGACGUCCCGAGGGUACUCCAGGGCAAGCUUGCCAUCAUCACUGGCGCAUCGCGUAACUUGGGCGCCGCCUGCGCCGAGUAUCUUGCCAGCAGAUGCGCCAAUGUAGUUAUCGUCUAUGCCUCUGAAAGUUCAAAUGAUCGAGCACAAAAGUUGGCUGAUGAGCUCGAGGAUAAAUACACGAUUAAAGCGCUGCCGAUACAAGUUGACCUCAGCACGGUUGACGGACCCCAGAUGGUUGUCAAUGUUGCCAAGAAGUACUUCACUGACCCAAAAACGGGCAAGUUCCAGAUUGACAUCAUUAUCAACAACGCCGCCAUUGUCAAUGCACAGCCCUUGGCCGAGCUCGACAUUGACCUCUUCCAAGAUGUAUACAACCUCAACUGCCGCGCGCCUGCACUACUCAUCAAGGCGGCCCUUCCCUACUUGCCCACCGACCGUUCCGGGCGCGUUGUCAAUAUAUCGAGCGCCACCACGGCAUGGGCUGCUUGGGGACAGACUUCUUAUGCAGGGUCAAAGGGCGCCCUCGAAGCCAUGACCCGCAUCUGGGCUCGUGAGCUCUCCGAGCGUUGCACAGUGAAUACAGUUGCCCCUGGCCCAAUGGCGAGUAUCCCCUUCAAAGUGCGCGACUUUCUGAAGCCUUUCAACACUCUGACGCCGCUGGGCAUGGCUCGGCCUGGCAUCGACAGCCCAGAGGCAGUAAAACUCUCAGAGGAAAUUGGCUGCCGUCCAGGCUACCUCGAAGAGGUUGCCGGCCUUGUAGGCAUCGCCUGCUUGCCAGAAAGCGGCUGGAUGACGGGCAGUGUCCUGCCGGCGACCGGUGGUGGCACUUUUACGCGAUGA